UCGCUCCGCUCCCUGAAGUCACGCCGCGCUCUUCUCGCCUCCACUCGCGGGAGGGGAAAGGAUUGAGUGGGGCAUCAGCCGCUGCUCGCCAUGGAUGCUCACCGGGCCCUGCUUUCCGCAGUCUUUCUCAUUAGUUUCUUGUGGGAUUUACCCGGUUUCCAGCAGGCUUCUAUCUCAUCCUCCACUUCGUCCUCUUCGUCCUCGUCCUCGUCUGCCGAGCUGGGCUCAGCCAAGAGUAUGAGGAGCCGCAAGGAAGGGAAGAUGUCCCGGGCGCCGCGGGAGAGCGCCGCGGGCCAGGGACACCCGGAGCAGGCGGACGAGCCUCCGAGGCAGGAGCACCCGCAGCCUGGACGCCAGGAACCAAAGCCCGAGCAGCCCAGUCCCCGGCGGCGGCAGCCUCAGGAUCACGGGCAGCCGGGCAGGAAUCCGCGGGUGGUGCCCCAUGAGUACAUGCUGUCCAUUUAUAGGACCUAUUCCAUCGCAGAAAAACUGGGAAUCAAUGCGAGCUUCUUCCAAUCAUCUAAAGCUGCCAAUACUAUCACUAGUUUUGUAGACAGGGGACGAGACGAUCUCUCGCACACUCCUCUCAGGAGACAGAAGUAUUUGUUUGAUGUGACGACGCUCUCAGACAAAGAAGAGCUGGUGGGCGCGGAGCUGCGGCUCUUUCGCCAGGCGCCCCCGGCUUCCCCGGGGCCCCCGGGCGGCCCGCUCCACGUGCAGCUCUUCUCCUGCAUGUCCCCACGAAUGCUGGACUCCAGGACCCUAGACCCGCAGGGGGCGCCCCAAGCCGGCUGGGAGGUCUUCGACGUGUGGCAGGGCCUGCGCCGCCACCAGCCCUGGAAGCAGCUCUGCCUGGAGCUGCGGGUCGCCUGGGGAGAGCCCGGAGGGGAGACCCCGCAGUCGUCUCCACCGCCCCAGGCUGAGCCUCCUCUGGACCUGCGGAGUCUGGGCUUCGGUCGGAGGGUGCGCCCGCCGCAGGAGCGGGCUCUGCUCGUGGUGUUCACCAAAUCCAAGCGCAAGAACCUGUUCGCCGAGAUGCGCGAGCAGCUGGGCGCCACCGCUGCCACGGCCACGGCAGUGGCGGGGGCCGAGGGAAUGUGGCUGCCUCCCUCGCCGCUGUCCCCACCGCUGUCGCCGCCCGCGGGCGUCCCAGACGCGGACUGGGGGCUUACCUCUCAGGGUCGCCGGCGGCGACGCACCGCCUUCGCCAGCCGCCACGGGAAGCGACACGGGAAGAAGUCACGGCUCCGCUGCAGCAAGAAACCCCUGCACGUGAACUUCAAGGAGUUGGGCUGGGACGACUGGAUUAUCGCGCCCCUGGAGUACGAGGCGUACCACUGCGAGGGGGUGUGUGACUUUCCCCUCCGUUCUCACCUGGAGCCCACCAAUCAUGCCAUCAUCCAGACCCUCAUGAACUCCAUGGAUCCCGGCUCCACUCCACCCAGCUGCUGCGUGCCCACCAAAUUGACUCCCAUUAGCAUCCUCUACAUCGACGCGGGCAACAAUGUGGUAUAUAAGCAGUACGAGGACAUGGUGGUGGAGUCUUGCGGGUGUAGGUAGCGCUGCCUUUCCCGCCGUCUCGGUUCGGGGACGGGAGGGGAGGACUGCAGCAGAGAGAAGGAGAGUGACCCGAAUGAAGGGGGAAAAUCACCCCGAAACAUAGACCUGGAGGAUUGCAGGACAGGAUGAGUAGGAGGGGGAAGCGGAGGGAGAUGAUGGCCUUGGGGCACCAACCGCAUUGGAGCCCACCUUGAACGCUUCCUUUCACCUAGAGAGAGGGAAAUGGACUUUCUGGCGACCCUGGAAAACAAGUCAAGUAAUAGCUUCGUGUUUGUUGUCAUUGCUUUUUCAAUUUUCUUGAAGUACCUGUGUAUCUCACGGGUUUUUAAUAAGGGUGGGUAGAGGAAACAGUCUUGUGUUUCACAGCUGUCCCUUGGAUGGAAAAUUAUUAUUUACAAAAAACAAACAAACAAAAAAAAAAAAAAACAAAAAAAACGGGGUGUGUGUUGGGGGGGGAGGAAAAAGGAGGAGAUUCACCUCUGCAUCCCAUUCUUUUCUGUUUUGGAUCAUGCUGAGUUUUGUAUUUCCUUUCUGAGUGAAAUCAACUUUCCAUGUGGCCAUCUAAAUAAUAUUCUAAAAAAGCAAAAUCUCUACCCCUUCCCGCUGCGCCCUCCCUCCUUCCCUUCAAAACCUAGUUCAAAAUCUUUGCUUAAAAGCACUACCUUCCAAGACAAUUUUGGUAUAAGUGGGCCAAGUAACUCGAAUGGCCUCAAUAUCUUUUUUACUCAAUCUGACCCGCCCCACUCCCCAUCUUCCCACGAUUGCCCACUGUUUUUUGCUCAGUACUAUCAGAAUCCGAUAGUGGGACUCCAUUUCUGAGGAGAUAUGGGUUAUUUUGCAAGCUUUCUUUCUCUUUUCUUUUCUUUUUUUGUUGUUGGGGAAACAGGGGAGUUCAUGCCUGAUAGAGUGACAAGAAUCAGUUCAAGCCAAGGAUACUUUAAGAUAAUGAGUAGAGCCAGUAGAGAAAUGAGGCACAGGCCCCCUAGUGAAAUUGUUCCCCCCCCCCUUCCCCUUAGCUGCCUCUUUCAGGAUUAUCUGAUGAUCCAGGUCUCAUUCUAAGGUGAAGGCAAUUUCCCAAGUACAAAAAACAAUCAAGUGAAAGGAGAGAGGGGGUAGGGCUGGAAAUAGGGGAGGAAAAGAGAAUUAUAUAUGAAAGGGUAGAAUAUAGGGGAAGGUUUGGGGGCGACGGAGAAGCCAAGGGACAGAUUUGGAGAGGAGUUGGUAGGAAGUAACCCACCCCGACUCAGAGCAAAAUGGGAAAGUCUAGUUUUGCCACAAGAAGAGAAAAUGAGUGAAAGGAGAAGCAGAGAGGAAAGAUCUAAAAGUAUAGAAAUGCCUGUCUCUGAAGUUUAUCUGAAAAGUUUCUCCCCUUUUCUCUCUGACAUUCCUGAAAGAUUACCAGCUAGAAAUCGCCUAGGGCACCCCCAAAAGAAUUGUUUCGGAUUGUAAUUACCAGUUAGACUAUGUUUUUAAAACUUAGUAAUGAAAAACUGUGAAAAGAGCAAAGUGUUACAUUGAACGUGGAGAAGGGAAUCCGGGCAGUGGGUAACAACGGUGGUGGAAUCAGUAAGAAGACUUAAUGCAGGGAAUUGAGUACUGUACUUUUAAUUCCUUAAUUCCAGAGAGGGAAAAAGUGAACUCCCUGCCCCUGUCUACACCAGUAUUAUUUUUAAGCAUUGUGUUGGAAGUAGGUCCUCCAAAGGGCUUAUUUGCUCCCCACCUUUGGCUUGUGAAAUUUCCUCAAUCAAGAGAACAGCUAAGGGAAAAUAAGGUCUGGGGUUUUUUUCCCCCACCUGUUAGUUUUGCGCUCUCUCAUUCUAACCCUGUUAGCUUCUCUGGUUCACAGAACUAUAAACUGGCAAAGAAAAGAUGGGAAUAAAUAAUAAUAAUAAUAAUAAUAAUAUAAAAUACUAACUAAAAAAAGGACUUGGCCAGGAGCAAUAAUUUAAAAUGCACAUUUGCUUUGGAUGCACUGUUGUUCAUGUUAAGACUGUAUAUAUUUGUUUAUUUAAGCAGCCUGAAAGUGCAAAAAGGAAAUGAACAGCAUACAUUUCAUUUUAAUGUACAAAACAUUAUAUGCACUCGAAAUGUUAUAAUUUCUAAUAUUUUUAAAGUUUAUAUUUGAGUUGUACAAAGUUACGCAUUAAUCAGAUAUUUCAUUCUUACAUAAUGUUAUCAUUUCCUUAAGUAAUAUUACAAAAUUGAAAUUCUGUCUAAUGGAGAUUUUUGUUUUUGUCUACCUCACUAUAAUGCAAGUAUUUACAACUCUAAAGUGACCUGAGGUAAAUUAACAUUCAAAACAUUUUUACAAUACACUUUUCCUGGAUGAUACUUCAACUAUUACUGUAUUAUUAAACUUCCUUUCUCAAA